ACGUUGGAAAAGUUAAGCAAUUGAAUUCAGUUUCUUUCUUUUCUUUUCUUUUUUUUUUCUAUUUUUCUUUUUUAUUAUAUUUUAAUUUUGUAACAGAACACGCUCUUCCAACCCAGAUAUCCGUCAUUCCCAACGCCAAGCUGGCUUACACCCGAAACCCUUCACACGCCGCAAUUCAGCAACAACUGGUUUGCACUUUCUUCCGCAACUUCUUCUCCAGCCUUCAAUAAAUGGCUUCCCUCAAUCACCUUCGAAUUUCACUCUCAACACAACUUUUCAUACACAUAGACACCAUGUAUUCCGGCAAUGCAAGCAGCAGCAGCAGCAGAGGCUCUUCCGGAUCCGGAAAGUACCGCGGGGUGAGGCGUAGAACCAGCGGAAAAUGGGUGUCGGAGAUUCGCGAGCCGAAGAAGCCUAACAGAAUUUGGUUAGGCACGUUCCCCACGCCGGAAAUGGCCGCCGUGGCGUAUGACGUUGCCGCUUUGGCUCUCAAGGGUAAGGAUGCUGGGCUCAACUUUCCGGACUCCGCUUCUUCGCUUCCUGUCCCGGCUUCGCUCUCUGCGCGCGACAUUCAGGUGGCGGCUGCAGCGGCCGCGGCUGCUGCCGGAGCAGCGAAUGAUGCUAUGAGGACACAAACAGCAAAUAAUAACUUUUCAGAGGCACAAGAGAAUCAAACUGGGAUGAGUAACCAGUUUGUGGAUGAGGAUUUGAUCUUUGACAUGCCCAAUGUUCUGGUCAACAUGGCUCAGGGAAUGCUGCUUAGUCCUCCUCCUUUUGACAUUGGUUUGGAACCGAAUAGCCCAGAAAACACCGAACAAGAGACAAACCUGUGGAAUUUCCCUUAAUUAAGACAAAUUAUAAUAAUUAAACCCCUUUUUUCUUAAUUUAGUAAUAAUAUAUAACUAUAUAUAUAUAUAUAUAUAUAUAUGAAUAAUGCUUGAAGAAAAAGAAAAAGGGAAAAUGGGGAGCAGAAAAAGGUGUCCUGUAAUGAAUUGUGGGCGAACUCUCACAUCAAAGCUUUUGCUUGGCCGUGACGAAUUAAUGUAAUGUGUGUUAAGAGUA